AUGGCAUUGCCUGCCUCUCACCCCGACAGGAAGCUGUUCUACUCCUUCUUCAAGUCACUGGUGGGGAAGGAUGUGGUGGUGGAGCUGAAAAAUGACCUGAGCAUAUGUGGGACACUGCAUUCUGUGGACCAGUACCUCAAUAUCAAACUCACAGACAUCAGCGUCAUCGACCAGGACAAGUACCCGCAUAUGCUGUCAGUGAAGAACUGCUUUAUCCGCGGCUCAGUGGUGCGGUACGUGCAGCUGCCUGCUGACGAGAUCGACACGCAGCUGCUGCAGGACGCCACCCGGAAGGAGGCGCAGCAGGGCAAGACGUAGCCGCCCGCCCGUGUCUCGCGUCCCGCGUCACCCACGCCAACAUGCCCCCAUUCAGUCGAAAGCGAUCAUUUGCUUGUUUCACGCUCGGUGUCACGUCAAUACACGCGCAGACGUUUGUGUA